AUGAGGGUCGAAACGUGCCAUUUCUGCUCCCGACCGGUAUACCCGUCCAAGGGCAUCACAUUCGUGCGCAAUGAUGCCCGGGUAUUCCGUUUCUGCCGGUCUAAAUGCCACAAGAACUUCAAGAUGAAGCGCCAGCCUCGUAAGCUCAAGUGGACCAAGACGCAUCGUGCUCUGCGCGGCAAGGAGAUGAUUGUCGAUUCCUCGUUGCUGCUGUCCCAGUUCGCCAAGAGGAGGAACGUGCCCGUCAAGUACGACCGCAACCUUGUUGCUGCCACUAUCAAGGCUAUGGAGAGAGUGGAGGAGAUCCGUCAGCGGAGGGAGCGGGUAUUCACGAAGAGAAGAUUGGCCGGCAAACUCGCCCGCGAGCGCAAGCGCGAAGAGGACCGCAAGGUCGUCGCGGAAGGCGAGCAUCUCAUUCGCAAGGAGCUGCGGGAGAGGGAAGAGCAGAAUGUUCCCCUUCCGGUGGAAAAGCAGAAGGUCACGGGGAAGGUUCUGGGCGAGGAGAAGCUCCGCCAAAAGAAGAAGGCGAAGUUGCUGGUGGACGGUGGUGUGGAAGAAGCAAUGGAUGUCGACUAA